GUUACAUUGUAAACUUAUCGUCAUCGUCUUGGUCGAAUGUGCAACCCGAACGAUUCAGCGUAUUUGUAUACGGGUUCUUUAUAAAUUGUAAUCCGUUGUCGAGAGAACGAUGAAGAUGUGCGCCGUAAUAGCAACAGAUUGUUUAGCGGAUGGUCGUAUGUGUAGUGAAGUUCUCAUACCCCGAGCUUGGUAUAACUCAUGGUAUAGCUCAUUUUUUGUCCUUUUCUUUUUUUUUUCAAAAAAAUCGAGUGCUCCAGAGUUAUUCUCAAGGCGUAGGUGGAGCGAUGAAGUCGGUCAGCAAAUAUAUUUCUCAUUGAUUACGACCAACAGCAACUUGUGCUUAAUAUUAUCAUAUGUAGAAUAUGACAGAAUUUCUGAAUAAAC